GGGCCAGGGAAGGAUAAGCUGCCUUUGGAGCAUUUGAGAGACUGAGGAGAGAACAGGAAUCACUGAGAAAACGGACUGAUGAGGAGAGAAGAAAGGAGGCGGCAAGGGACAAGCUGCUGGUCGGACCCACAAUGAAAACGCUCCUUCUUUUGCUGCUGGUGCUCCUGGACCUGGGAGAGGCCCAAGGAUCACUUCACAGGGUGCCCCUCAGGAGGCAUCCGUCCCUCAAGAAGAAGCUGCGGGCACGGAGCCAGCUCUCUGAGUUCUGGAAAUCCCAUAAUUUGGACAUGAUCCAGUUCACUGAGUCCUGCUCAAUGGACCAGAGUGCCAAGGAACCGCUCAUCAACUACUUGGAUAUGGAAUACUUCGGCACUAUCUCCAUUGGCUCCCCACCACAGAACUUCACUGUCAUCUUCGACACUGGCUCCUCCAACCUCUGGGUCCCCUCUGUGUACUGCACCAGCCCAGCCUGCAAGACGCACACCAGGUUCCAGCCUUCCCAGUCCAGCACAUACAGCCAGCUGGGUCAAUCUUUCUCCAUUCAGUAUGGAACCGGGAGCUUGUCUGGGAUCAUUGGAGCCGACCAAGUCUCUGUGGAAGGACUAACCGUGGUUGGCCAGCAGUUUGGAGAAAGUGUCACAGAGCCAGGCCAGACCUUUGUGGAUGCAGAGUUUGAUGGAAUUCUGGGCCUGGGAUACCCUUCCUUGGCGGUGGGAGGAGUGACCCCAGUGUUUGACAACAUGAUGGCUCAGAACCUGGUGGACUUGCCAAUGUUUUCUGUCUACAUGAGCAGUAACCCAGAAGGUGGUGCGGGGAGCGAGCUGAUUUUCGGAGGCUAUGACCACUCCCAUUUCUCUGGGAGCCUGAAUUGGGUCCCAGUCACCAAGCAAGCUUACUGGCAGAUUGCGCUGGAUAACAUCCAGGUGGGAGGCACUGUGAUGUUCUGCUCCGAGGGCUGCCAGGCCAUUGUGGACACAGGGACUUCCCUCAUCACUGGCCCUUCCGACAAGAUUAAGCAGCUGCAAAACACCAUCGGGGCAGCCCCCGUGGAUGGAGAAUAUGCUGUGGAGUGUGCCAACCUAAACGUCAUGCCGGAUGUCACCUUCACCAUCAACGGAGUCCCCUACACCCUCAGCCCAACUGCCUAUACCCUACUGGACUUCGUGGAUGGAAUGCAGUUCUGCAGCAGCGGCUUUCAAGGACUUGACAUCCACCCUCCAGCUGGGCCCCUCUGGAUCCUGGGGGAUGUCUUCAUUCGACAGUUUUACUCAGUCUUUGACCGUGGGAAUAACCGUGUGGGACUGGCCCCAGCAGUCCCCUAAGGAGGGGCCUUGUGUCUGUGCCUGCCUGUCUGACACGCCUUGAAUCUGUUAGGUUGGGCCAUUCUUUACACCUACAAAAAGUUAUUUUCCAGAGAAUGUAGCUGUUUCCAGGGUUGCAACUUGAAUUAAGACCAAACAGAACAUGAGAAUACACACACACACACACACACACAGACACACACACACACUUCACACAUACACACCACUCCCACCACCGUCAUGAUGGAGGAAUUAAGUUGUACGUUCAUAUUUUUUAUUGAUUUUUGAUCAUGAAAAUCAAAAAUUUUCACAUUUGAUUAUGAAAAUCUCCAAACAUAUGCAUAAGCAGAGAUCAUGGUAUAAUAAAUCCCUUUGCAACUCCACUCAGCCCUGACAACCCAUCCACACACGGCCAGGCCUGUUUAUCUACACUGCUGCCCACUCCUCUCUCCAGCUCCACAUGCUGUACCUGGAUCAUUUUGAAGCAAAUUCCAAGCAUGACAUCGUUUUGUCCAUAAAUAUUUCUAACAUCCUUAAAUAUACAGUCGGAAUUCAAGCAUCUCCCAUUGUCCCACAAAUGUUUGGCUGUUUUUAUAGUUGGAUUGUUUGUAUGAGGAUUCAAGCAAGGCCCAUAUAUUACAUUUAUUUGAAAUGUC